GAGCGAAGUGCUGGGGCGCAGAGAGCACAAGGAACCGAGCGAUCGCGCCCAAGCCUGGGCCGCGGGGUCAGGCUGCCGAUUGGCCAACGGCUCCUUUCAACCCUGCCUCGUUGGUGGCCACUGGAGAAGCGCGGGGGGCUCCCCCAGACAGCCGUGGGGACAAGUUAGAUCCAGCACAUUACCCCGGGCCUUGCGUGUAGCUGCCCAUCCCUUCUUGCUCUAGGUGCCCCGGUGUCCGAAGGGAGGUGGGUGGCGGGAGGUGCCCUCCUUACAUGUACCACCACCCAGGCGACCCUGAGCUCUUAUUCCAUCUCGCUCUUGCUUCCCGCACGGUGGUCAAGAGCCACUUUACAUCAUGUCCCGGUAUAGCUACGAAAGUCUCCUGGACUGGCUCUAUGGGGGCGUGGACCCCAGUUUUGCAGGCAAUGGGGGCCCCGACUGUGCUGCCUUCCUCUCUUGGCAGCAGCGGCUGCUGGAAAGUGUGGUGGUUCUGACUCUGGCCCUAUUGGAGAUACUGGUGGCCCUGCGGCACAUCCUGAGGCGAACGGAGGACGGUAGGGGUGGCCGUGGCAGCCAGCCACAGCAGGUGACCCAGCGGCCAGAGGAAGGCAAGGAGAGCCUGAGCAAGAAUCUGCUCUUAGUAGCCCUGUGCCUGACCUUCGGGGUAGAGGUGGGCUUUAAGUUCGCCACCAGGACCGUCAUCUACCUGCUCAACCCCUGUCACCUGGUCACCAUGAUGCAUAUCUUCCUUCUUGCCUGCCCCCCAUGUCCAGGAGCUAUCGUUGUUUUCAAGUUACAGAUGCACAUGUUGAAUGGAGCUCUUCUGGCACUGCUGUUUCCUGUGGUAAACACCCGACUGCUCCCCUUUGAACUGGAGGUUUACUAUAUUCAGCAUGUCAUGCUCUAUGUGGUGCCCAUCUACCUGCUUUGGAAAGGAGGUGCUUAUACCCCAGAGCCCCUCAGCAGCUUCCGGUGGGCUCUUCUUUCAACUGGCCUCAUGUUCUUUUACCACUUCAGCUUCCUACAGAUCCUCGGCCUGGUCACCGAAGUGAAUUUGAACAACAUGCUGUGUCCGGCCAUCUCAGACCCAUUCUACGGCCCCUGGUAUCGCAUCUGGGCCUCGGGACACCAGACUCUCAUGACCAUGACCCACGGGAAGCUGGUCAUCCUGUUCUCAUACAUGGCUGGGCCCUUGUGUAAAUAUCUGCUGGAUUUGCUCCGGCUUCCAGCCAAGAAAAUAGACUGAAGGUGCUUGGUUUUGGUUUUGUUUUGGUUUGUUUUUUUUGGUGAUUUUUUUUCCUCUCUAAGGAAGCAAAUCCUGACUUGACUUGGAGAAUACUCAGUCCUUGAUGAAAUUGUUGGAGAGGGCAGUAGGAUGUUUGGUGUAUUUCUUUUUUUCUUCCUCUCUGUCCCUUUCUUCCAUCAUUCUUCCUUCCCCAGCUCCUAUCCCUCUAGGAUGUCUCCUUGUGCCUAGGCAUGGUGCUAGGGGCUAGGAAUCCCCCCCCCUUCCCUCUCCUUGGCUCUGUCUUCCUGCUCUGCUCUGAGUGGCCUUACACAGGGAGGUAGUAGUCUUGGCUCCCUCACCCUGCUUGUUGGUGCUUUAACAACAGCUGGUUGAGGAAACAGGGAACAACAAGCAGUAAUUCUUCCAGCAUCCAAGUGACAAGUUUAGUUGGCAUUUCAUUUCUCCACUGCCAGGGACCUCCAGUCUCUUGCUGGGAUCCCCUUUUGUCUCCAGCACAGUCCCCGUCCUAAGGGGACUGAGGCCUUGUUUAUAUACCAGCAGCAAGUCCAGAGUGAAGGGAUUUCCCAGCUCAUGGCCAAAAUAGAAUUGGCCAGAUUCUUCCCACUACUGUCCCAUGAUUCAAAAGCAGGGAGCCCCUCAGCCUUGCUCCAUCAAAACACUGCCUAGAGUGGGGAGUGAGAAUGUCAUGCACCCCAAGUUUGAGAUCCCAUUGAGGGGGUUAGAGAUCUGUUGCACUGGCAAAUCUAAAGCAAAAACGAAACAAACCAUAUAUGCCACACCAGGCAGGACCCUAACAACUGCCCACGAAAGCUGAGAACUGAACAUAUCCCAAUGAAAAUUGAGUGUCAAAAGUAAAUUAAUCAAAGCAAGUGAUAACUUGAGCAAACUGUGAUUCAAAUCAUGUUCCAUGUUCAUGGUGAUAAUAAGCAUGUGACCCUCCACCCGUCUUUCUUCUGUCUGUGUCUCAGAAGCAGCUUCAAGGAAGCGUGUGCUAGGAUUGAGGCUUGGGCUUACUUUUCUUUUGUGUUUGUAUGGUUUUGUAUGUCUGAGUUGGAGUAAUUCUUUCAUCAGGGCCCUAUUCUGGAAGGUUGCAUAGGCUCUAUAGGGUCUUACAGGGUAUGGCCACACUCUGGUUUGGGAGGCUAUAACUCUUGCCUGUUGUUUCCCUAGGGCCAUGUUUCUUCAAUGCAGCUAGAUUCAACACAGGGGUGGUCACCCCAUACCUCCUACUUGAUAUUCCCCCAAGGCCCACAUCUAGAGUGAAAGGGAACUCCAAAGGGACUAUGUAGUUCCUACAAGUAGAGGAGGGAGUAUCAAGUACUCUGAAAGAGGGGACUUUUCACUCAAUUAUACAUGGACCUCAAGAAGGGAGACAGACUUCUACUAGGAACAGAUCUGUUUAAGACUAGAAAAGUUCAUUCAGUGACUACCCAGUUGCCCUGGACCAGUGCCAAUGUCAGAUAUAGAUUGAACUUUGGUGAUCAGUGGCACAAUUUUAGAAAUGGACCUAUCGGAGGCAGUAGCUGUACAAAUCUCUGAGUAAGUGGAAACCCAUGGAGGAAACUGUGGGAGCCAAGAUCUAGUGGCAUUGAAGCAAUUCACCCAAGGGCACGGAGAGAGGAAAAGAGAACAUCAUGUGACCUUGGCCUUGCCUUGAGCAAAUUGGGCUGUGACACUUGGAUUUUCUGUCCUCUCUAAGGGCCCUGCCAAGCUUUUCUUAGUGCCUCUCUCCCUAGGACUGACUGCCUGCCAGAGGAGGUACCUCUUGAGUAGCUAUAUUUGACUGACCUUCCUAUCAGGCUGUAGCCUAUAGGUCCAAUUGGGGAAGAAUUGUGUGUAAGACUGUAAUAAACCCUGGCCCUCUGUAGGAGAGGUUGGGAAGAUGACCCCCUGGGGGUCCUGGACUGACCUCUGCAAAAAUAUGGAGCUUCUACAGUUGGAGUAUCUAUGUCUGAGCUGGGGACCAGCUCCAGAAUGCCCUGGUGGUGUUGGGGUAUAGGUCUUCUCUUCUUCCUCAUCUCAGUGGCACAACACAGAUGACUAGUCAUGAGACUUUCUCUUACUGGCAUGCCUCCAAAAUCUUGCCUUUGCCCUGGCUACAGCUCAGUACCCCCAUCCGGGCAGCUACUUUCUAGUGAACAAGAGAGAAAAAAGGAAAGCCAUGUUUCCUGAGAUGGCCAGGCCAGAGUCAGAUACAUUGUCAGGAGAAGGGGAAAGGGGAGAUGCAGGAGGACAGGUUGGAUCCCAAACAAGGAAGCUGAAGGGAACAGAUAGUGUACCCCUUCCCCAGGCUCCAGAGUGAGUCGGCCUGGAUUUAGGGGUAUUGGAAGCAGCAAGCAUCCAAAGUGCUCUGAGACUCACUCUUACCCUGGGCUAAGCCCGUGUGAAAAGAGAUAACCUGGCCAGACACAUGGAAGCUUGCCUUAGGGAUGGCCCCCCUAUUUGUCCAACAAGCAGUCUGCUACUGGCUCUGGUAUAGGAGCACUGAGGGGACCAAUGGGCCCUGGCUUCCCAAUUCCUGAGGGUUUUCCUGCCAGUACCAAGGCUGUUCUCAAACCACCUCAGCCCUGUUUCCAUCUGUUAUCUGCCAUCUGCCAGUGUGUGAUGGCUCUGUGUGUGAGAGAGUAUUCAUAGAGGUAGCCAGUUUCCUUUCAGACAACCACAGGAAUGGAAAGGAGUGCUCUCAUAUGCCCCUGGGCAGCUGUGGUCAAUGAUCUGGGCCAAUGAGCACAAUUUCCUGAGCUGGCCAACUUACGGCUUCAUUCUGAAUGGCAGAGAGAUGGUCACGCUUACUUAAAGUCUUUCUCACCCUAGUAUUUGGUUUCUUAUGCCCAAGACCUUGCCUAGCAUCCUCUCAGAGGCAUGGUGACAUGUUCCUCUGCCAGCCUAUGAGGCACUACAGAAGUUCUGAAGCCACAACAUCCCUUUCUCUGUCUCGGUGGACUUCUAGCACUCACCUGAACUAUUGGUGCCCUGUGCCCUACAAGACCUUAGCCUAGCUGUUAUACCAUCUGUUUUGAAGUAGCCUUCACCAGGGUUUAGAAAUAAUGUGAUUAUUAAUGAUUCAGUGUCCUGUGACAGUCAUGAUCACACUCCCCCCAUAGAUUUCACAGUAGUGGCAGGGCUCUCUGCGCCAGAACUGGCUUGGUCAGUUUCCUGGGCUUGGUUAGCUGGGCUCCUAGGAGGCAGAAUGUCCUGUUCUGCCACAAAGACUCUCCACUGUUAUCUACACUGUUCAAAAGAGGAACUCCUUCAUGGUUUUACCUACAUGGAAGGUCUGGGAAGGUAUGGUAGGACAAGGUAGUGGUAUUGCCUUUGGUCUUUCAUGAGCCUGCAGGUCCUUGGCAAUGCUCCAGACUGGUAUGGGGUCUCCUCCCUGCUGCCCUGCAUUCAUUGAGGUGGACAUUGGUGAAAGGACUCAGCCUUCUCUUCUGUACAUAGAUAGAAUAAGCCGAUUCGUGCUCAGGACAACCCAGUCACUUGCAAUUGCUCUUUUCUGGGACACUUUUCUAAAGUGGUUUGGUACCAAACAACCCAACCCCACCCCCACCAUGACAUAAAAACCCAACAACACAAAAGUCAUUUCAAGCAGAGAUUUACUUUGGAAACUCUUGCUUACUUUGCGUGUCAGUGUUGUUUUCGUGGUGAAAGGUUUCUUCAUUUCCAUGGAUAGAAUUGUAGCUAAAGGAACUAGAUAGGCUGAUGUAUAAUUAUUCCUACUGGGACACUGGCAAUGCCUCUGUCCCUCUUGCCUGCCCCCAGUCCUUAUUUCCCCAAGCUGGGAUGGCUGUACCCUGGGCCAACCACCCUCUGUACCUUCCUCCCUCCAGACAGUGGCUCCCAUCAGAACCAGUCUCUAAUGCCCCUAGACCUAGGUAUUCUUUGUCAGUCUUGUUCUUGGGUGCUCUAUGCCCCCCUCCCACCCAGUUUGCUCUCUUCUUUGGGUAUUUUGUAAUGUGUUUUGUAAAAAUCUUUGAUUGUAUGAAAGUACUCUCUGCAUUCACCUUUGGAAAUAAAUGGUCCUUCAUUUGUGGACUUA